AUGGCGGCCUCUGGCUUCUCCGCUGGACAAUACGUCCUAGUCCCACUCCCAGACGCACCUCAGCUUUCGUGGCCGGGAAUUGUUUGCACAGAAGAUAUGGUGGAAAUGAUCCCAGAAGACGAUCGCCAACAACGAAAGAACGGUUAUGAGUUGCCGGUGUUGCUGCGUAGGGCCGACACGUUGGGAGUUGUUUACGCCACUGCUGAGACCUUGAAAGGGCUGGAUCCUGAAGACCGAGAGGUCAUAGCGGGCAUGGACGAAGAUCGCCGUGUGGCGUAUAGCGAGAUAUUCGACGACGUUCGUAAUGUCUACUACCCAGAUCUGGCCUACUGGAGGGAAAUUUUAGAGACUAGCCUCAUACAACAGCAAUGGAACGGAUAUGCAUCGGACGACAGCGUCCAACUCGUCGAGGAAGUGGUAGCGCCGCGUAGAAGAAAGCAAAAUCCAUCGGUACCACAAUCCCGCUCUGUCCAAGCGAAGAAACGGAAAGUCAAUACGCCCUCGCCCUCCCCCGAGAAAAAAGACAACUCGUUCUACACAUGGAACUUGACGUCAGAGUUAGGAACUGCGGUUUCACAGCGUAAGCACUCUGAUAAGGUGCAGUCUACGCCAGACGAAGAUCUGAUUCAGUCUCUAGAGGAUCACUCGCAAACACUAGAACUAGAGCCAGAGCCGGUCGAUAGAGAGUGGGCGACUUUUUACAUCGGUAAAGACGAGAAGGAGAAAUUCCUAGUGCCGUAUGCAGAUGUGCUGAAGUUCGAUUGCUUCAAAGAGGCCAUCGAGGACAAGGACGAGGGCAUUUGUGUCAGACGUCCAGCGUUCCGCAAGAUAGACCCCAAGAGCUUCGACGCUGUCUCGGAGUUCAUCUCAAAUGGAGACUUCAAUCCACUUUUCAAGCAAAAACCACCAGAGGAUCGGCAAGAAACACCAGAGGAUCAGUUCGUGGACGACAUGCCCACCCAAGUAGACAAAAUAGAGGCAAUGACCCGGUGCAUUCGAGCAUGGAAGGUAUCCAGCGAAAUUCCCUUCGAGGAAAUGAUGGAGAUGACACUACGAAAGAUCAAAGCAUUCAAGGAGUCCCCAGAGUUCACUCUCUGUCUGUCGAAACUCGUCUUUGCCGAACCGAUCUCCGAUCUCGACGCUGAUAUGCAACCCGAAGCCGAUAAGCAACUAAGAGAAUACUUGAUUAGUGAAAUCCACGACAACAUCUGGCCGGAUAUAAGCCAGGCGAGUAAUGUACUUGAUGCUUUUCAGCAACGUCCGGAUCUUAUGAGCGCAGUAUUGGAACGGAUCCGGGAGGCUAAAGAGCCCCGACGCGAACCCUAUGAGGAAAUUUGA